AGGAGGGCAGUGUUCAAGAUAUGAUUGAGAAUGCGUUUGGACGUUACUAUCUUCCUGAACUUGAUGUCUUACACUUGUUUAAAUCGUUAUGUGAAGCAGUUCUGGCAUUUCAUGAAUGCGACCCACCUUUAGCGCACAGAGACAUCAAGGUGAACUACUCUUCGUCCUACCAUAAAUCAUGCAAUAGGGUUUUGGACAUAUAUGUAUACAACCAAUGUUGAUUUAAUGAGAUUAUGAUAAAUUGCUUCAGGUAAAAUUUCAGACUGUAAUUUUACCAUGCAGCAGCCUGGUUGUCCUUAUCAACACGAGGAAAGUUUGGUUAUAAAGAUAUUACACCUCAUUAUAAUCUGUUGCACAUUUGUCUAUUUCUAGCCUCAUAACCUGUUAGUAUUGUCGAAGACCUCCGUUAUUUUAAUGGAUCUUGGUAGCGUUGAUAGGGCAGAGCAUGUCAUUACCUCAAGGUUUGUAGUUAUCCUUAUUAUCAACUGAUAUAGGCCUACAAUAUGUCACCGCCUUCGAGAUGUGUAAAUAAAUACAUAUCAAUUUCGCACUUUAAAUGUUUUCUAAAAAUGGGGUCUAGGGCACCCAAUUAAAAUCAAUGGUAUGGAUAAGGUUGAGUGGUUGAAAUGGAAAGUAUGUAAAGAUUGUGCUGUAAUUCCCACCUUAAAGAUAAAAAGUUCAUGUUUAUAUACAGUAGAUACUGCAUGUAAUUGUGGCCAAUGUCUUUCUUCAGACAUGAAGCUCUUGCUCUUCAAGAUAAAUGUGCACAGGAAUGUACUGCUGCUUACCGGUGAGUUACUGCAAAAGUGUAUGGUGUAAAGUAUAUCACUGACUGUCAUAAUUGGCAAUGAUUAUAAGCAUUCUCAUGUACUGUAUAUCUUGAAAUAACACGGAUAUCAGAGAAUCUAUGGCGGCGGUGGAUGGCUCCAUCCCAGCACCUGCAUGCCCUAGCUCGUUAAUCGUUCAAGUUUUGGUAACCAUGAGUUGGCGGCAAGGUCAAGUGUGCCAACUGAAGAAUUGUGUGAAGAUUGCAUGAGAGAAGACCACCUCAUGCAUAUCACCUAAUUGUAUUUGGGUUUAUCAGUACUUAGUUAAUUUGCUCUAUCAACGCUAUUAGAAAAUAUGUGCAAUAUCGGACUUACAUGUAUUGGUGUUAGACCAGCCUUGGUUAAAUGGUUCCCCACGUUUUUGAAAGAAAGAUCUCAUUUUACAAAGUUUGGCGAUGAAGAGUCGGAAUUUGAGUAUAUAAAUGGAAGUGUGCCGCAAGGAAGUAAAAUAGAUCAGUUGCCUUUGUCGUACAUAUUAAUAAUCUCCAGGAAGCAAUAAAAGAGGCCUUAAAAUUACGGUUGUCAUGUGAAAGGGAAAAUGAAGAUUACGUUGUAAUCGAUGAUUUAAUACUUUUUAUGGAUGAUAGCACAACGUUCGAGGUCAUAGAUGUUCACACACAUAUCUCUGACACAAAUAUAGGUUAUACUCAAGAAAAGAUCGAUGCAGUGAAAGUUAUAUGCUGAAAAUGAAAGAAUGCAACUAAAUUUGAAAAAGUGUAAAGAAAUGAUAAUAGAUUUUCGUAGACAAAAAUGGCUAUUCACUAUUUAAAGAAACUACUCUUGAAAGAGUCACAUGCUCUAAGCUACUUAAUUGGCUUAUGGGUCGAUGAUAAAUUGAAAUGGAACACAAAUACAGAGCACACUGUUAAGAAAGCUGCAUGCUAAACGAUUAUAUUUGCUAAAAGUUCUUAAAAGCUACAGUAUGGGGCACCAGAAAAGGACUUAAUUUAAAGGCGUUUUGUUUUAUACAUCUGUAAUUAGAUCAGUACUUGAAUAUGGAGCACAAGUUUGGCAUGGCAGUCUAACUUGUGAACAAUGUCAAUAUAUUAAGAGGAUCCAAAGGAGAGCGCUUAGAAUAAUUUACCCCGAAAUGACUUACGACGAAGCAUUAUUUCGGUGUGGCAUUAAAACCUUAGAGAAUCGUAGAGAAAUUAUAUUUACAAAUCUGGUUAAGGACAUGAUAGAUCCUAUACAUAAAUUACAUGACCUGUUACCUUAUACGGUCAACUGAAUAAGGGGAAGAGAGACAAGGUUAAAUGUUGAUAAGAUAUAAUAUAUAUUAAUUUUAAAUGUAGGACGGAAAGGUUUAAAGGUAUCCAUAGAUAUUUUUGCCAUAGAUAAAUAUAAUUUGUCAAUGGAUCGAUCUUAUACUUUUAUGCCCUUUUAAAGGGCACAGUUCUCAGUUGUAGAUUAAUUUAUACCACUGACACUGUAUUUGAUUGUUGUAAAUAUAAAGUAGUUCGCUAUAGUUGUAUUAUAAAUUCACCUGUAAUAUAAACUUUUUGUAUUCUAAUAGUAUAUAUAAUUGUUAAUGCACAUUGCAAUUUAGCUUUCAGCUAUACUUAUUGUGAAACGUUUCAAUAAUAAUAAUAAUAAUAUUAAACUCGUUAGCUGGGUAGUGGAUUAGAAAACAAUUGAUAAACAAAGCCGGAUCUUGUCUAAAAGUAUACACGAGUAACAACGAAUGACCACGAGUGAUUUCUGUGUUUAAAAAUCAUAAAAUAAGGUGGCUCCCUAGGGUUUUUGCAAUAUACUGCACUAUACCAGGAACUCCUGUUUCUUCACAUGUUUACGUGACGUUAUAAAUUUACAUGACGUUUGCAUGACAUGAAGACGAAAUUUUUUGGACACAUUGAUAAUGCUCUCCUGAACAUUGCAAUUUGCUACUUUUGUGCUGAAAGUCCGUUACCAUGGCAACAACGUGCUUAGGAUAAAGCUCAACUGAAAUUUGUCUUUUUCCGGCCAUUUUAAAAAUUCCCUUAGAUAAAUAUUUUUAAAACUUUGCAUAAAAGAUAAUUCUCGUAUAAUGAAUUUUCCCCUUAAUUUUAAAACAUUCUAUCGAUACUGUACGUUUCUUAAAACAAAUCAUUAUACGAGAAUUAUCUUUUAUGCAAAGUUACUGAAGGGAAUUUUUAAAAUGGUCGGAAAGACAGAUUUUGAGCUUUAUCAUAAGCACGCUGUUGCCAUGGUAACGGACUUUCAGCACAAAAAUAGCAAAUUGCAAUGUUCAGGAGAGCAUUGUCAAUGUGUCCAAUAAAAAUUACGUCUUCAUGUCAUGUAAGGUGGGAAAACAGGCGUUUUCUGGAUACUAUAGUGCAGUAUAAUGCAAAAACCCUUGGGAGCCACCUUAAAAUAGUUUUUAUUAUUAUCAAUGAUUUUUAAACACAGAAGUCACUCGUGUGUACUUUCAGACAAGACCAGCAAAGCCGAACAUGAAAUUACCGACACUUCGAAUUCCAAUAUUCGUUCCAAUUUGGAUUUUCAAUGUUACAAAAUAUUCUUACUAUACUGCUCAUCAAAACACUCAGUUUGUUCAUAAAAUGUAUGUACUAUACAUUAGAUACAAGUACAGAAGACCCACACACAUUAUUUAAAGCACGGAUAGGCACGAAUCCCUAAACGUGCAUGCUAAAGCCUGGCGCACACGAUUUAUCUGCCGACUAAAAUCGCAUCGUGUGCGCCAGGCUUAAAGGCCCUGUUACACGGUGCAAUUUUUCAUGCAACUUGUCUCGCAAUGGCGUUGCGAGACAAGUUGCACGAGUCAUUGCACAGUUUAACAUGCCUUGCAAUGGUCAAAAUCGUUGCGAGACAAGUUGCAUGAAGCAUUGCACAGGGUAGAAGUCGGUUCUACUUUUGGAAACGAUUGCACUAAUUUUUAGCAUUGCAGCGUGUAACAUGCUUCGUGCAACUUGUCUCGCAAUAUUUAUAGCUUGGAGAGUUCCUAUUGGCUCUCCCCAGUGCACGCUUUACUACAGUAUAAUUAAAAUUUGGCGCCAAAUAACGCCUCUCCCUAGUCUCUUCGCAUGUCUCUGUCCCUUAUCGUUGCGAGUUGUAUGACAAUCAUUGCAGCGUGUAACACCUCUUGCAAUGCAUUAUCAAAAUCUUUUUUUAAACAUUGCGAGACAAGUUGCAUGAAAAAUUGCACCGUGUAACAGGGCCUUAAGUGUUUAUCGUAAUUAUCACAUAAAACUAGCUCUCUUGAACUCGACAGUCGACCCUAUCAAUGUAUUCCAUUGUGUCGAUUAAAGCAAUAGUGAAUAGGCCUCUAUUGCAUUGUUGUAAUAAGCAGGUACAGUAACUUUGUCUCACCUAUAUGUAUUAAUAUAUAAUAUGCUUGAUACUGCUUAUAGGGCCCCAGAGUUGUUUGAUGUGCAAUCUGACUGUGUAAUUGACGCUAAAAGUGAUGUUUGGUCUCUCGGUUGCACAUUAUAUGCAAUGGCAUAUGGUAUGUUGGAAAUUUAGCAUAGCAUUUUAACUUAGCCCCGAGGGUUUAAUUAGUCAGAAGACGUCUUUAGUAUCUAAGGCGACUGACAAAGUCCUCGUCUUAGGCCGUUUUCCACUUCAACCGUAUCGUAACCUAUUGUUACUAUAGCAUUUUCUUUUUGUCAAAGUCAUUAGUUCCGCUCUACUGUUCAGGAAACAAAGAGAUAUGCUGCGCUUCGGUACGACAGGGUUGAAGUGGAAAACGGCCUUUAGGCGUCUAUUCGUCUAGUAUAUAAAUUAUAAAUACGGGACGACUAUACUUGGACGACUAUAAACUUGGACGCAUGCACUUAGCAAAGAAACACUACAGAUGGUUGGCAAAUCGAAAUAUUUUGUAUUUUUGUGGUACAACUGUUCAUCUCGUAUUUAUAUUAGUUGCAGUUAACAUGUUAACUGCAACUAAUAUAAAUACGAGAUGAACAGUUGUACCACAAAAAUACACAAAACGUGUAAUUCGUCCAGAAGUCUAUUAUACCAAAACCACGGAUCCUUCCUCUCGCUCAAUAAACGUGCGACGUUUUCGCGUCAGAGCAUUAUUGAAAUAGCUAAAAAUAUAUUGACAUUUUAACAAUAGGCGUUACAAUCGCAUUUUUGAAUGUUUUGAAACGAAAACAUGACAAUGAAAUCCAAAGCAAAGGCAUUUUUUGGUACCAUGGUCGGAGUGUUCAUAUAUAAGUCUUCCUCCCUGCCACAAAGAGCGGCUCAAAGGUAGACUAGGUGUUCAUGGGCGUGCAGCUAAAGAUAAACCCCUUUGAUUGGAGUUAUUUCUAUACUUAUAUAAUGAACAAAUUAUUUCAUGGUUGGUUCGUUUGGGGAUCCUUCACAACUCGUACAUGAUCAUCUUAUAACGGUUCUUAUUUUGGAUUGCUUAUCAUCAUGGCCCUUAUAUAGUGUUGUAUAUAUAGGUAUCGCCAUUCGAGACAAAAUAAGAGACAAUAACGAUUUUAACGAAUUUCAAAAUAAUUCCACUAAUAUAAAUUCACAAACAUUGAAAACUGGUUCUUGCUUCAUUGCAAGUACGCAUUGAUAUAUGUAUGAUUAAGUGCCGGUAACUAAUAAUUAUGCAUUUUUCUUUUUAGGCAGUAGUCCUUUUAACGGCUCAGCAACGGCAGCUUUGAGCGGACAAAUUAGAAUUCCAUCAGACAGGUAUAUUCCAUCACCAGAAUCAUUACAGUUUAAUUUGUACUUUUUAGAAAAUCCAAUUCAACCAAGACUGUCCAACGGCACAGUUUAUUGAACGGAAUUUGGAUUGUACGAAUGAAGGCAUUUACUAUAAACUGUACCUACUGUAUACUGUUACGUGAACCACAUCGGGAACAAAAAUGUGCUGUAAUGAGAAUGUGUGUUAAAUUUGGAUGAUCGUUCACCAUGUGAUUGUAUGUGACAGUGCUUCACUGUGAUAUCCAAUAGUAUUUUGAAUGCUACAUUAGUUUCAGCACACGAAAACAUCGAUGUCUGAAAUAGGCCAUAUACUUGUUUUCGUUAUAUCUCUCAAUAAUUAUUAAUUGACGAUAACGGAAAAGAUGGCGUCACGCAUUGCAUGCCGGUUCAAGAUAUUCUAUGACAGUAAAGAUAUAGACGAGUGAGUGACGUUUUCACAAAAUACUCAGAUUUAUACAAACGGAAAGCAAAACUAACAAUUAAUAUCGGAGAUACAAUAACUUUGCUGUCGUCCACAUAACAACUUUUUGUGUCUAAGAAUGCUUAAAAACAACAAAAAUAAUUUAAGUUUUCAAUUAAAACAUUCAAUAAAAUUUAAUAACACACGUAUGCAUAAACAAAUUUGCUUAGUCCUUAGAGCAUGGUUAUUUUGUUAUGAGCAUGGUUAGUUAAAACUAUUGCGAAUUACACAAACAUUUCACACAAAGAAAGAACAACAGUUUUACCAUACACAGGGUUCGUAGUCUCCAAGACCAAAAAAAUUCAAAGACUUUCAAAGAUUUUUCUGCCUAUUUUGAAAGACUUUUCAAAGACCUUUGAGAGCAAUCAGCUGUCGAAAAAUUACGAGUGUAAGCACCAUUUUUGCCCGGUAAUUAGUCCCGUCAAAUCACAUCCUAAAAUGCGCCUUUUCGUCGAUAUUUGCGAAAAUCUUGCUUCAAUCAAUCUAUUUUAUUAGCUAGGAAAUUGUAUAAUCAAAUAUUCACUAAAGAAUUUAAGGACUUCUUCGCUUUUUCACACAAUUCAAAGACUUUUCAAAGACCUUAAAGACCUGCAUUCAAAUUUAAAGACUUUCAAGGAUUUCAAAGACCGCUACGAACCCUGAUACAUUCAAGUAUCUUUGGGACAGAAAAAUUUGGUUCGAAAUCGUUCAAUGAAUAGUUUUCGUUGUCGACAGCCGCGACUCUAGUUCUGGAAUUCGGGAUGUUCCCAGGUGCAUGUCCUUCGGAAUUUGUAUUACCAUUUAUUAAAUAAGAUAAAUGCAAAUUCCGAAGGAAAUCAGAAAACCCGAGUACCAGACAAUAUCCCAAAUACCAGACCUGGAAUUGUGAAUGUGGACAGCAAAAAAUUUUGAGAAGCAAAAUUAUAUUGAUUCAACGAUUUUAUACUUCGAAAGUACAGUAUUUCUAUCCAAAAAGAUAUCUAUCCAAAAGAUAGUAUUACUUGAAAUUAUGCAGUAAAACUAUUUAUUUGUUCUUUCUUUGUGCGACGUUUUUCUGAUGAUCUCGCAAGUUUUCUUGCUUUCUGUUUGUUUUUAUCAAUUAAAGAAAUUUAUGAAACUUUUGUCACUCUUCUAUCUAUACACAAUGUACUGAUUUAGAAAACAUUACUGUACGUGAACUGAAAGACGCGCUUUCGAAAUAAAGAAAUUCUUCAUGCAAAACAAAAAGUUUGAAUAAUUUGCGGUCCCAGAGGUAUCCUCAACAACGUUGUCAUUCUGAAUACAACGUUAAAGUAAGGUUUUCACGUCAUUGGAACAACGUGAAUGCUUGUCGCAACAUUAGAGGAGUUAAAUAGAAUCUGUCUCAUAUAGCAAACACCUUAUCGUUUUUCCAGAACUUAGCCGUUUGUAAGGUUAUUUUAAAAAAGCUUCAAUUUAUUACAACAAUCAAAUUCCUUAGCUCUCAAUCUUGAGUUGAAAUUGAGACCACGUCGAAAUCUGUCUCAGUAAUAUCAUAGAAUAUCGGAACCAGACGAUUUACCAACAUGCAGGGCGUGACGCCAUCUUUUUCGUUAUCGUGAAUACACCCUUCCGUAAAGUACAUACGUCACUUUGACUAUACAGCUAGCCUUGCUUUCGUGUAUGUGACAUCAGUAAAAUCCAACAUCUCAAUCAUGAAAACGAGGCUCUAUAGCCAAGGUGACGUACUUUCCGGAAGUGUGUUUUUAUGUCAGAGAGAAAUCAGAGGAACAACCAUUAAGAAACUAAUUAUAUGAAUUGCGUUUUAGUUACUACUCAAUGGAUCUGAAUAAUUUAAUUCUAAGCAUGAUAAAAGUUGAUCCAAAGGAACGACCAACAGUUCGUGGUAUUUUGCAGCGUUUAGACAACCUCGCUCCAUCAUCGACGCAAAUCACGGAUUUAAUCGACAACCAAUUUCAAACGACAAGGGCAUAAUAAUAUAGUAAUAAUAAUGGAGUAAUAAUACAAAUAUAUAAUAAUAAAAUAAGAAACUAAUAUACUGAAUAAAACACAAUGUAAUCCAUUUCCUAUCUUUCCAUUCCAAUAUAGUGCAUGUAUUACAUAAAAUACGUAUAAUUAUCAUUUCUGGCUGGAAGUAGUCGCGAUGUGACUGGUCACAAAGGAAAAAUCUCCUAUUCGUAGUUGUUGCCAAAACUAAAGACAACGGCCGGAUUGUCGGGGUAUACAAAAUCUCAUUUAUAUUUGAAUCCACCAAUUUGUUCAAUUUUAUCCAAUCGUAUUUACAGUAUGUAACUAAUAUAAUCCAAUUAUUCGCGUUAUGCGUACUGUAUAAAUAACUAAUACAAUCAAACAAUCAAGACCUGGCUUUUGAUCUUGCAAUUCAUUGCAAGAAUUCCGCGCAUUUGUUAAGAGUAAACUUACUACGGGAGGGAGGCGGUUAUUAAAACGACGAAAUAACAUCAAAUCAAUAAAGAACAGCCUGCAUAUCAUUGAGUGCGGGAAAAUAAAGACAAAGAAAAAACUCCCCUCGUGCAUGACUGCAUGAGCAAUGCGUUGAGCCUGAGGCAGUUCUUUGCUGUUGGGUUUUUGAUGAAAUAUAUCCAGCGUUAAAAAUGUCUCCAUUAAUACCUCAUACACUGCACUGAUAAAUCAAUUCUAUGCAUACAGUAUAAUUUCUACAUAAUCAUUGGUAUUUAACAACUUUCGUUGGUCGAGGAAAUCCAUCGUGUUCCGCCAGUCUUUUACUUGCAUGGCAUUUUGACACAGGAACGUUUGUUUCAUUGUUCGUUGUGUCGACUAACGCUCUAUUUUCUAUUACAGUUGACAAAUUACUGCAUCCAGAGUCAUUCACCUCGAAUUUUAACGGUUCCUUUUAAACAGAAUAGGUCUUUCAGCGCAGUUUAUGAUAUUCACACAUAGUUAUAAUAUUCGAGCCCAAUAAAUUUACGACAAAGAAAUGUAUGCAUAAUACCUGGCGUUCGGUUGUUGGAUUUCCCACAUUUGAAACUGCAUGCUUUUUGGUCCAUCGUUCAGCGGUUGUAUUAAAUUCUUCCCUUUGGUACUUGAACUGUUCAGAC